ACAGAUACUGCGAAUACUUUUCACUCUUCUAAUUUACUCUGAAGUGAGAAUAUAAAUCAAUCAGUGAUUCGCGACUUGAAAAAUAUAUAUUCAUGAUUGAUAGGCUAAUUUUAGUGGGCGUAGCCUUCUACGUCCUGAAGAUUUUUGAACUCAAAAUACUGGGCUUCAUACUGCCCGGAUGCAUAACAUGUUAUUACACAUGGAUCGCCCACAUUUUGCUGUAUCUUGUCAUUUCGAGGUUCGAGCUGGAUUACGUCAUCAACUACUUUCUGGAUAAGAAGAUUCAACCGGAAAACAGGGCGGUCCUGAUAACAGGAUGUGACAGUGGUUUCGGCCAUGCUUUAGCAAAGCGUCUAGAUUCCGUUGGUUUUCACGUAUUCGCAGCAUGCCUUUUUCCAGAAGGGAAAGGUGCUUGCGAUUUAAAAAAGGAAUGUUCUAAACGUUUGCAGAUUCUUGAGCUAAAUGUCAAAGAAGACGACAGCGUGAGAAAUGCGUUAAACUACGUCAAAGAGAAUUUAGGAACAUCAGAAUUUUGGGCUCUCGUAAAUAAUGCUGGCAUCCAGAAAGGCAUCGAUGUUGAGCUCACAAGCAUGGCUGACUUUAAGGAAACAUUUGAAGUGAACACUUUUGGCCCGGUGAGAGUUACGAAAGCCUUCUUACCUUUGUUGAGACAAUCAAGAGGAAGAGUAGUUAAUUUGACUAGUAUUGGAGGACGUUUAUCAUGCCCUCACUUGACUCCGUACAUUAUGAGCAAGUUUGCUGCUGUAGCUUUCAAUGAGUGCCUCAAGCAAGAAAUGGAGGUGUGGGAUGUUAAAGUGAUUUCCGUAGAGCCUGAAUUAUUUCGAACUCAACUCACUGACUGCGACGCUGUGAUCAAGAGGAUUGAAGAAUCCCUCAGCUCUUUAGAAGCUGAUGUAAGAUCCGAUUACGGUGAAAAGUAUUUACAGAGCUUGAAAACCUUCACGGAAUUUCAAACCAAUUUAGCCUCACCUAACAUUUACAUUGUCGUCGAUGCACUUGAAGCUGCAGUAGGCUUGGAGCAUCCUAAAUCUGUGUACAAACCUUGCCGAGGUUUCAUUGCAAAAAUGAUAUUUUACACAUUUGAACGUGUUCCAAGACCUAUUGUUGAUCUUUUAAUCAAAUUUUAUAAAUUUGUUACUGGAUUUCCAAAACCACAAGAAGCUGGAUAUUACUUAUGAAAAUGGCUUGACCUAGGUCUUUCAUUUCUUGCGAAGCAUAUAGUAGUUUUGGCUUAUGUCCUUCAGUUUGCAAAAGUAGGUGCUUAAACUGUAAUGCGAAUAUGAAAAUGGUGAACUACUUAUUUAUGUUGAUUCUUUUUAUUUUUUUUACAUAUUUUACAUAAUUUUCACAAAUAAAAUGAAUUUACCACACAAAGAUGACAUUUUUAAUUUUCUUAAUAUUGUAUUUAAAUGUAUGGUUCU